AUGCCUACUAACACUGCCGCAUGGCUGACGGCCGAAAAAGCAACUCCUUUGGAGGUAAAGCCAGCCGAAUACACAUCUCCCAACGCCAAUGAGAUUUUGGUGAAGAAUCAUGCAGUAGCCCUUAACCUUGUUGACUGGGCUAGACAGACCAUGGGCAAUGCAAUUUUGGCAUGGACCGAAUAUCCUUGCAUUCUCGGUAAUGACGUAGCAGGGGAAGUUGUGGAAACCGGUCCGGGUGUCACCAACUUCAAAGUCGGAGAUAAUGUGUUAGGCAUGGCUUCUGCUUGGCAGUCUAACAGGGCAGCGGAAGGCGCUUUCCAAAUGUAUACUAUUUUGCAUACCAACUUGGCUUCGACUAUUCCCAGUACAGUUUCUUUCGAAGAUGCAGCGGUGAUCCCGCUUGCUGUCGCUACUGCUGCAUGUGGCCUAUACGAGAAAGAGUAUCUCGGCCUGACCUAUCCAGCGGCGUCAAAACCUCGUGCCACUGGCGAGACUAUUUUGAUUUGGGGUGGAGCCUCCAGCGUGGGGACUAAUGCCAUCCAGUUGGCAGUUGCCUCGGGCUAUGAGGUUAUUUCGACCUCCUCACCCAAGAAUUGGGACUAUCUAAAGAAGCUCGGUGCCAGUAAAGUCUUCGACUACCACAGCAGUACUGUCGUCGAGGACAUUGUCAAGGCCUUCAGUGGCAAGAAGAGUGCGGGAGCGCUGGCAAUAGGACUGAACACCGCAGGUCCAUGUGCUGAGAUCAUAGCUCAGGUUAGGGGCAAACAGUUUGUUGCUAGUGCCAACGCACCACCAGCACAGUUGCCAGAUGGUGUCGGUUGCAAGUUCGUUUUUCCCGGGGAGCUGAAAAGCAGUGGAGUUGGGGAAGCUGUAUUCGCUAGAUUUCUCCCAGCCGGACUCAAGAAUGGCUCUUUUGUCCCAUCGCCUCCUUCCCGUGUGAUCGGAGAGGGUUUGGGAGCAGUCCAAAACGGACUCGAAGAGCUAAAAAAGGGUGUCUCUGCUGAAAAACUGGUCAUUAAGCUUGACUAA